GAGGGGGAUGGGGUUUCAAGAAAAAGGAGUUUAUUAUUGGGGAGUUCGAGAAAGUGCUUAUAAAAGACAGACAGGGAAUAGGAGUAAAAGAAAGAGGCUAUCAGAAAAUUACUGUUGGAUUUUAGGAUUGUAGAAUAAAACUUCUUGGAUUACCAAUUAAACAGGAGUCAUGUUGAUGUGUGGACGUCCUCUCAUCCUUCUACUCCUCAACAUCAAUUUGCUCAACCUCUCCUUUGUGACAUCAUCUCAAAAUGCCAGUCGACCCCUUUUCCACCUCUCUGGAGACUUUGAAGAUUACUACAAUGAGUUUGAGGACAUCACCACUGAGCCACCCAGCUCAUCCCCCACUCAGUUUGAAGAUCCUGAACCCAAUCAAUGCUUCUAUGACAUGUGUGUGGAGCAGCAGGAAACAUGCUUGAAGCUUUCAUUAGAAAUUGGGUGCCUCUGCCCUGGGUUGAGUGGACAUCAUAUCCGCCCAAGUGCACCUCGCCUUUUGAAGUUGUCUCAAGAGGACGGCAAAAAGGUUGUGGUACAUUGGUGUGCUCCAACCUCUGUGGUAUCCUAUUAUGUUAUCUGGGUUUAUGCCAAAGACAUAAACAGGACCAUACAGGUGGAAGAGAAGAAGAGGACAGCAUUACUGGAGGAUGUGGAAACUGGUGUGCAUGUGUGUGUACAGGCCGUGAAUUCCGCUGGAUUAAGCGAACAUGAGAGCCAAUCAUGUACCAAGUUUGAGCCCCAACAUUCACACUCUGGACUAGCGCUGAAGCUGGGUAUCAUAGGGGGGGGGGUGGGACUUAUAGUGCUGCUGGUACUGGCUAUACUGCUGUGGAGACACAAAACACGACAUAAAUCUACAGCACGGACAGAGACAGGGAGAAGAGCAGACGAGGUUCUCUAAAAGAAAGAGCGUAGUGCUCGUGGAAUUUGUGUGGGGCUAAAAUAUGCACAUUAUCUCUCGUAGUGUGUGUGUGUGUGUGUGUGUGUGUGUGUGUGUGUGUGUGUGGGCGGGUUUGGGUGGUUUACGAGGACAUUUUUUUAGGUUACAAACUGGUAAUUACAAGGGUAUUAUGCUAUAAAUGUGGUUCAUGAGGACAUUUUUAGUGUCCCCAUAAUUCAAAUCGCUUAAAACAUACUAAACAAUGUUUUUUGAAAAUGUAAAAAUGCAGAAAGUUUUCUGUGAGGGUUAGGUUUAGGGGUAGGGUUAGGGGAUAGAAUCUAUAGUUCGUACAGUAUAAAAAUCAUUAUGUCUAUGGACUAUCAUAAGGAUUGCCGCAUCAACGUGUGUGUGUGUGUGUGUGUGUGUGUGUGUGUGUGUGUGUGUGUGUGUGUAAAUUUAGCAUACAGAAUAAAUGAAUGUCUGGGGACUGAGGACUGAAAGCCCUUUGUGAGUGUACAGGAUAGAGAGUGCAUGAAUGACUCGAAUGUGAACAGAAAGAAGAGGGGUGCAGAAAAGGUGGGUGAAUGACUCAGCACAUUCUUCUCAUUUAGUCGUCAGGGUCUGAGAAUGUGAUUUAGCACAGACUGCAGAGUAUACUGGUGUGUUGACACCAAUCAUGGACCUUUUACAGUCAACUUCCCAAAUCACAAACACACUUUUUAAACAUCACAACCUUAGAAUAAUUGUGUUUGUGAAUUUUACCCUUUAUCAUUCUUUCUUAAUGACAAAUAAUGGCAGAAUCAAUAUUUAUUUAUUUACGUAUUCUAUAUAUAUUUAGAUUUAGUUCUGGAUUGUUGAUCUCGAAGUGAUUUAUGUACUUUCUUUAGGUCACUUUGGUAAGUAAGAGUUUGCUAAGAACAUCAGUGUAAAUGUAAAUCUUGCAAAAUAAAAGAUGGCAUUUUUGCA